AUGGAGGGACGAAGUCCAUUCACAGAGCUACCCAUCGAGCCACGCGGCCUGCUAUGGCACGAAGACUUCAUCACACCGGAACACGAGCAACAACUCAUCUCAAUCUUUCAACAUGAGCUAGAAUGGCCCGACCGGCCGGGGCGACUAUCCCUACACUACGGCUACUCAUUCGACUACAAAACCUUUGGCAUAGACCCGGACAUCCCGUACAAGGAGUUCCCCGCCUGGCUGCAGCCGCUGAUCCCCACGACCGAGGCGCGGCCGCCGGAGCAGGUGUGUCUGCAGUACUACCCGCCGGGCGCGGGCAUCCCGCCGCAUGUAGACGCGCACAUGGCGUACGACCAGCUGUACGCGCUGUCGCUGGGCGCCCCAGCCAUGAUGCAGUUCCGCAAGGGCGAGCGCCAGAUCGAGGUUGAUUUGACCCCGUGCAGUAUGAUGCAGCUCACUGGUGAGGCGCGCUUGCAUUGGACGCAUGGGAUUAGGAAGCGCAAGACUGAUACCCUCGCUGACGGUACUGUGAGGCCGCGUGCGGACCGCUGGAGUAUUACCUAUCGGUGGGUUCGGGACGGGGACUGUGAAUGUGGGAAUGUCGAGCUUUGUGAUGUCGCUCAGCGGCGAAAUGGGGUCGAGAAAGAGAAGCGGUCUUUAAAACAGUCUAUUGCGAAAAGUACAGAUGAGGAUCCAGCUCCUUAA